AUGGGCUGGAAGCAGACAAGCGUUGCGCCCUGGAGCGGAAUUGCUACUUGUAGACAAAGUACCCCAGACUCGCAUCAAUCCGGGGAACCCGCCAAACGCAUCGACUCUUGCAUCCCUAUUCCCAGCGUUCUCAUCGCACGAGCAAGGCGAACCACGCUUCGCUUUUCCAUCGCCGUAAAGUCCUUGCAGAGAAAAUGCGUGCGAAGGAGCGCUGCGCUGAGUACUUCUGCGGCCCGUCGACGGCCGGAGAGCCGCCGAGCCAGCCUGGAGCUGAGGGAUCGGCGCAGAUGGACGUUGCAGAGCGCACCAGCGCCACUUCCGGAGGCUGCGGGUUGCUCAACAACGGAUGCUGUUUUCGUGGGCUCGUGGGUGGGUGAGGUUGGCCAACAGCAUCUGUGUCAUGGUGAAUCUCUGCUUCUCUACUUUCGUUUGGUUGAAUUUAGGUGCAAUGUGACGCUACAAUCUCGAUGCACAGCUCCUAGAUUCCUGCGGAACAGCCCGGUCGACUGUGGUGGCAGCCCUUCACUGGACCUGACACAUCAGGUCCUCACCGCUUCGCGUACUCAAGGAUGA